UGUAUCACUGGAGCUCUUGCCUCUCACCCUAGCUCUGGCUCGGAGGGGAAAUCGAAUGGCAAGCCGGAUAGCAAAACCUCACCAGCCUCUACUAUCGAGCCAUGUAUCUGCAAAGAAUAUAGCCAGAUUGCUGCUGCUGUUGCAAACUGCACCGAUAUUGUUUUGUCCAAUAUCGCCGCCCCUAAUGGGUCUUCCAUCGAUUUGUCUAGCCUCAAGGCGGGAACGACUGUGACAUUUGAGGGUCUCACUACAUUCGGAUGGGUCAAUUCGUCGAGCUUUAACCCUAUCACGAUCGGCGGAGAAGGAAUCACCAUUACUGCGAAGGAAGGAGCUGUAAUCGAUGGUAACGGCCAGGCCUACUGGGAUGGCCUGGGCUCUAAUGGAGGAUUACCCAAGCCAGAUCAUUUCAUUGUCGUGGACAACGUCACUGGCAACUCGGUAAUUGAGAAGUUGUAUAUCCAGAACUGGCCUGUUCACCUGUUCAAUAUCAUAGAGUCUGAGAAUGUGAUAUUCCAGGAUAUGACUCUGAAUAAUGCGGCUGGUGAUGCACCCAAUUCGCGUAGCGAUGGCCUCGCAGCAGCACAUAAUAGUGAUGGUUUUGAUGUCAGCUCGUCUUACAACAUAACCAUUCGUCGCAACUUCAUUCACAAUCAGGAUGAUUGUGUCGCGAUCACCAGUGGAAAUAACAUGACAGUGUCGGAAAUGACUUGCCAAGGAUCCCAUGGCAUCAGUAUUGGAUCCAUCGGAGGAAAGUCUAACAACAAUGUGACUAACAUCCAUUUCUCCGAUUCUAUCCUCAUCAAUACCCAAGCUGGCCCUCGUAUCAAGACCAACUACAACUACACCGGUUUUGUCUCCAACAUCACUUAUGAAAACAUUGUCCUCCAGAAUAUCACCCAGUACGGCAUCGACAUUCAGCAGGACUACCUCAAUGGAGGGCCGACAGGGGUUCCCAGUAAUGGUGUCAUAAUUGAGAAUGUCCUCAUGAAGAACAUUAAGGGAUAUGUUGCUUCGGACGCCCAACCAUACUACAUUCUGUGUGGUGAUGGUUCAUGCACGAACAUCGUGUUUGAGGAUGUCAAGGUUACGGGUGGUGAGGCUAGCAGUUGCAAUCACAAAGUAUCCGGAUGCUCCACCUCAUCAUAG